UCCCGGACAAUAUCAAAUGCCAUCACUUUAGCAACGAUACUGGACAGCAAAUAUUCCCUGGCCUGGGUAUGGAUCUUGUCGCCUCGGGGUACAAUCAGUACAAAUGCCCACAUCAUCGGCUGGUGGACGUUGAUCCAACUGCCUGGACUGGAGCCCUUCUCGCACUUCGCGAACUCAACAUGAUGAUCGCCAUGCAGAAGCUCAUGGAGAAGCCCGAAUGGUUUCGCAAGGUCUUCGACGACACCAUCUGCGAUAAGUGGAUGGCCGAGCUCAUAAGUCAAGCGGAAGACUUUAGUGCACUCAUGUGGCAAUAUUGCGUUGCCGAGCUUCGCGACAAGGCCAAAACAUUAAAGGAGACUGGUAUUGUCGCACCCAUCGACGUUGACGCACAGGUGGUCUAUUCGGACAGUACAAUCUCUCAGGAGUUGAGACAUGAUCUCAACCGAGCCGUUGCCUCACUGGAGAACGUGCCCGACAAAGACAAGGACUGGCAUCCCAGGACUCGGGAUAGAGUUCUCGACCUUGUUCACCCUUCUCUCUUUCCUUUGAUUUAUGGACAUUCCAGGGUCUUGAAGGAAGGCGUAGUUGGGCUCGAAGACUGCACGUCUUAUUGCGGACAAGGAGAAGUAAUCGCUAAACCCAAAGUCUAUACUGAUUACUACUCAGACGAGUUCCAGUGGCUGCCUUGCGACGUCAAGCUCGAAGGUGAAAGCGAGGUGAAGAUGGUCAGCUACAUCAAUAAUCUACACCCUCGAGAACAUGCCGGGCUCUAUCAUCUGAUCGAAAAAGUCAUCGCAAAAGCAGUACCUCUUUGGGAUCAAGUACUCAGCCACACCGGUGGCUCACUUUCUGUAAACAACGGCACUUUAAGAAGCCGUGAUUAUGUCAGACCAUUUCACCCUCGUAUCGAGAUCAAUGACUUCCACUACGAGUGGGUCCAUGGCAGAGAUGAGCGACCGGGGAAAGCAGAGCUCAAGGCUUUAUCAGAUGCUGCUGGUGCUUUUGAUCACGAUUGGUCAGGUAUUAGCCACAAGAUCGACAAAGAACAAAAAGGCAUCGACAGUGACGACAGCUAUGAGUUAGACGCGUGGUGGAGGGCUAAUAUGCGCACCUUGGCCCUUCCUGAGCCAAAGUCCUACAAACCUCGCGAAGUUUUGGAAGAACCACUGCUUGAUCUUCGCAAAGAGUACGCCGAUAGCGGAUUGCAGGUCAUCGUCAAGCUGGCCAAUACCUACCUGACGCCUGAUGAUCCAGUAUGGGAAGGAGGUAGCUGGCACGUCGAAGGUCUCUUGAACGAACACAUUGUCGCGACGGCCAUUUAUUAUUUCUCAAACGACAACAUCACACCCUCCUAUUUGAAAUUCCGUCACAACUGCAACGAAGAAGCUCAUCUAGAUCUGGAGUACGAACAAGGUGAUUGGGAGCAUCUCGAGAAGAUCACCGGCUUCCAGAAUGACCAAGAUGUCCUUAUUCAGAAUCUCGGCAGUGUACUGUGUGAGCAAGGUCGUCUACUGGCGUUUCCAAACGUUUUGCAGCACAAUGUCGGUUCCUUCCAACUCGAGGACAACACACGGCCCGGCGAGAGAAAGAUCCUAGCCCUGUUUCUGGUGGAUCCACAUGUACGCAUCUUGUCCACGUCAAAGGUUCCCCCACAGCAAAAACAUUGGUGGGAAAGCGAAGUCCGUGAGCAGCGCGACAACAUCGAUAGCCUGAAGACGUUGCCAAACGAAUUGAUGGAACGAGUCUUUCAAGAGGUCACGGACUUCCCCAUUUCCAUGGAAGCGGCCAAGGGGUUCAGGGAGGAAUUGAUGGAGGAGCGCGGACCACUCGCCCAGUCCAUGAUUGAUUGCGAAGCCACCUUUUACUUUUGUGAGCAC